GCCCCGGCCGUCUCUUUACCGGCUCUCACCUUCAACUGAGAGUCUGUGGCGGUUUCUCCUUUAGCCGGACGCGUGCACGUUCGUGUGAGCACGGUGCGACCCCCCCUUCCCUCUCCUCACGUGUGACAUCAUCAUCUCGGCUGCAGCUCCAUCAUGAACACGAGACGCUGUGUGUUUCUGCUCCGGCUCUCCAGAACCGGGCUCUUGGCCCCUCGGCACGGCGCCGGGGCCUCCGCCUCCCCCCCGCUCCUCCCCCACAGCCACUCGUACUCCAGCGGCAUCAAGAUGCGAUCCUACCUUCAGUACUUAAAACGCAAGGUGGUGCCCCCCCCCAGUCCCCCGUACGGCCACGUGUGCCAGGUGGGGGACCCGGUGCUGCGUCUGCACGCGGCCGCCGUGGACCCCGAGGCCAUCGCCGGCCCCGAGGUGCAGCGGGUCAUCGCCGCCGUGGUCAAAGCGAUGAGGCGGUUCGAGUGCGUGGGACUCAGCGCGCCUCAGAUCGGGGUGCCGCUCCGCAUCCUGGCCCUGGAGUACCCCGAGGAGAUGCUGCAGGAGACGGCGCCCGCGUCCAGGGAGGUGCUCGGCCUGUCCGCCCAGCCGCUGAGGGUCUUCGUCAACCCCCGGCUGAGGGUCCUGGAUCAACGCACGGCGCUCUUCCAGGAGGCCUGCGAGAGCAUCUCGGGCUUCUCCGCCGCAGUGCCGCGCUACCUGUCGGUGGAGGUGUCCGGUCUGAACGAGAAGGGGGAGGCCGUCACGUGGCGGGCCAGCGGCUGGCCGGCUCGGAUCCUCCAACACGAGAUGGACCACCUGGACGGGGUCCUCUACGUGGACCGCAUGGACAGCAAGACCUUCCUCAACAUCCGCUGGCCGGAGCACAAUGAGUAGAGGGACCCUGAGACCCUGAGGUCAUGGACCCUGAGGUCAGAGACCCUGAGGUCAGAGACCCUGAGGUCAGGGACCCUGAGGUCAGAGACCCUGAGGUCAGGGACCCUGAGGUCAGAGACAAUGAGGUCAGACACACGGCCAGCUUCUCCCACGCCGGCUUCUCUGUUUCAUAUCUUUGUAUCAUCGCUGCAUUAUAAGGGAAAGUAAAUAAACCGGAGGAUGACACGUUGUGGAAGUCGUGA